GCGUCAGACGGCGGUGAAUGAGAACAUCCACAACCCGAACAGGAAGCACGUGAACAUGAGCGGCCACAUCCGCUACUCCAAGAAGAUCGGUCUCGGCUUCAAGACCCCCAAGGCGGCCGUCAACGGCAAGUACAUCGACCGCAAGUGCCCCUUCACCAGCAACGUGUCCAUCCGUGGCCGCAUUCUUCGCGGCGUGGUGCACUCCACCAAGAUGAAGCGCUCCAUCGUCAUUCGCCGCGACUACCUGCACUUCAUCCGCAAGUACCAGCGUUACCAGAAGCGCCACCGCAGCCUGACGGUGCACUGCAGCCCCUGCUUCGACCCCAAGCCUGGAGAUGAGGUGGUGGUCGGCCAGUGCCGCCCGCUGAGCAAGACGAUCCGCUACAACGUGCUGGAGGUUGUCAGCAAGUCCGCCGCGGACAAGCUUGGCAAGCGGUUCUCCAAGAACUAG